AUGACGGAGUCCCAGCGCUACUGUCUUCUCUUGAUGGGAAAGCAGCGGUCGAGUAAUUUAAUUUUCUAUCCUAACCGGACUCUGCAAAAAUCGUGCACCGAAAAUCUGAGUCAAGCUCUGCAGUCCAACUGCCCCGAGUCUGGUGUGCGCCUAAAAACUUGCAGUUCCGAGCUAGCGCACCGGUGUGAGCGGGUCCAGACAGGCCGCAGAGGGCGUCUGGAGACCGGAGAAACCGCGGCCGCCUGGCCCGUCGCUUCGGGCGGGGAGGGGGCGGGCGUGAGCGAGCCAGAGAGAGGCGACCGCACACAUCCGGGCCCUUUAGCCCCGCGGCCCCCCGAGCCGUGGGCGCGGGCGCUGGGCUCGGGGCGCGGGGCUGCCAGCCGCGGUGCGGGAGGCGGGGCGUGCGGAGGGCGGAGGCGCGGCCCCGGGAGGGAGGAGCUGCCCGCGCGCCCGCCGCUCGGCUGCACACCCGCUGGAGCAGCCCCGCCACGAGACUCUGACAGCGGCGCGGCCCGCGCGGCUCGGGAGCGCAGGGACGGACGGACAACGGUGGCGAAGGAGGACGGAAGCGCUGCGGCCGGGAGCCAAGUGAGGGAGGCGCGUGGGGUCGGCGGCGCGCUGAGAUCCCCUCUGAAGCAGCCGGGAGCUCGAGUCACCCCAUCCCGGAGGAUUAGGCCAGCCGGAAGUGGAAGAGAGAAUGGCUGA